AUGGCUGACCCUAACGACAAGAGUCUCCUUGCCAGACUCAACGCCCUCAAGCCAACGAGCGUCCAGCUCGACCCCUCCACAAACGCCUUGAACAUCCCCCUGUCUGGAGAAAGACCCACCGAGCCAGCAUCCAAGGAAGAUGUGUUAUCAGAGAGGCUCAAGAUCCUGAGGAACCAACGGGAUGCCACUCCGGAAUCUCGUACACUCAGCGACCCCCCUCCACCAUAUGCAGAGACUGCAGGUGACAAAGACCCGGUUUCAUUUUUACACUCGCAGGCAGGACCAUCGCCUGCCAAAUCACCACCUGUCAAGACGGUUGGGGCAGAGGUGACACACGAGACCGAGCAAGGUCACGCAUAUGAUGACGACGAUGACAACGGCAAGACGCUUGACGAGAUACUAGAUAGUCUCGUGCUGGAAGAUGAUCAAUGGUCUGUUUCUGAGGAUGAUGAAGAAUCCUCACAGAGGGUGGAGGAAUUACUAGCCGGCCUAAGGCGAGACGCAGGGGCGCAGCCAUUGCCAUCCACCGGGAAAUCUCCCCCUGAUGCAGAAGGAGGCGAAGGCAACGACGACUCGGAGGGAGAAGAGAUGUCGCGGCAGAUACAAGACGUGCUUUCCAAAACACUAGAUGAAGUCAAACUCGAGGGCGGCCCCGGUCAGCCCAUCCAGCCAGACGAGCCCGACCCCGCCUCCACAACGCAGGCAGACAAAACCAGCGCGUUCGGUGGCCAUCUGCCAGACCAACACCAAGACACUGACCUCGCCCUCCCCGCCGUGCCUCAAACACCCACGGAAGAACAAUCUCUCCCUGACCUCCCCACAACUCCUCAUGACACUACCGCCUCGGCGGGACUCUCGCUGCCCGCCGUGCCCAGCAUCCUCCAGGAUCCUGUGCCGCCGUCGAAAGCAGGCGACCCCUUCGAGUCAUCAAUAGCAGCACGCCUCGCCGCGCUCAAGGGCCCAGGGCACAAACCCAUCGCCACAGACGACUUCGGCCUGCCGGCAGCGCCGACGUUCCAGCCCGAGGACAGGCCCGUCGCAGGGGUCUCCAAGAAACUUGGAUAUACGGACGACGACGCCAAGAUGUGGUGUCUUGUUUGCCUUGAGGAUGCCACGGUGCGGUGCCUUGGAUGUGAUGGCGAUGUGUAUUGUGCGCGGUGCUGGAAGGAGAUGCAUGUUGGGCCUGCGGCGGGAUUCGACGAGCGGGGUCACCAGUGGGAGAAGUUUGAUGCGAGGGAGGUUAGGUAG